UUUGUAGUUUAUUGUGCUUGAUGACUACCACUGAUGAUAAUAAUAAUAAUUUAAUGGUUAUUUUGAAGAGAAAAAAAACAAAUAAAUUCUUUUUCCAAAUUUUAGGAUCCAAAUACAUGGAUAGAAUCAUUGAAUUCAUUAGAAUAUAAUAAUACAUCGGAUAAUGAGAUUAGACAACAACAGCGUUCAAUAAUGGUGAUGGGAGAAUCGAUUGUUUUAUCGCAACAACAACAACAACAGCCACCACCAAUACCACCACGGAAAGCAUCACCAAUUACAACACCUAAACAUCAAUCAAUAAUUUCAUCACCAUUAAUUCCAUUGAUGAUGUCAAUUAAUAAUGGAUCCAGUAAUCAUCAUCAUCAACAACAAUCUUCAUCUUCAUCAUCUUGUAAACCAGCUAUUAUCAAUAGUAAUAAUGGAAAUACAACAAUUGAUGAUGAUGAUUUUAAAGAUGAUGAAUCAACAACAACGACAACGACAACAUGGUCAAAAACAACAGUAUGGCCUACUACAUUACAAUAAUCAAAAUGAUUAUUCAAAUUCAUAUACAUUCUGCCACCACCACCACCACCACCACCAUUAUU